UGUUUAGCCAGGUCUCACUUUCUCUUUCUCACUCCCUUCCCCUAACACAAAGAGGGAUCCAACAAACACCACAAUCGCCUCCACCAUGCUCCGUCAGCGUAUCAUCUCCUCUCUCCGUCUCCGCGGCGGCUCCGGCACCGGUGCAAGCCGCUGGACAAGCCCCGGCCACGAAGAAAGACCCAAGGGCUACCUCUUCAACCGAACACCUCUUGCUCCAGGUGAGUCUCGCAAAUGGGAAGAUUGGGAACUUCCUUGCUACAUCACCAGCUUCCUCACCAUCGUGAUCCUUGGUGUUGGCCUUAACGCUAAGCCUGAUUUGACCAUUGAAACGUGGGCCCAUGAAAAAGCCCUAGAACGUCUCAAGAUCGAAGAUGCCCUAGCUGAGAACGAAUCGUCUGAAUAGAGAUGGAUUCGGAUCGGAAGUGGUUAGGUUAAAGACGAAAAAUUGAGGUUUGGUGUUAUAAUAAGGGUAUAACUGGAAAAUUUGAAUUCUUUUUUAUGCUUGUUAAUUACUGUUUAGUUUUUAUCUAAUUUCUGCACAUCACAUGCUUGUUAAAAAGUGACUGUUGACUCGCUUGUUAUUAUUAUUUUGUUGAUGAUCUUUUUUGUUUGAAUGUUAAUAAGGCAUUUCCAGUGUUAA